AUGGCUACUACACUACCGUCGAGCAAAUCAACCAGCAAGGUUGCCAUGACAAAUGAAGUGGAGAAAGAAAUCACAAAAGAUCAGCAGUUUCAGGAAAUUGAGAAAUUGCAGGACUCGGGCAUUAAUGCAGCAGAUAUAAAUAAACUAAAGGGAAGUGGUUACUGCACCAUAUUAUCUUUAAUUCAGGCGACAAAAAAAGAAUUGUGUAAUGUUAAGGGAAUAUCCGAAGCAAAGGUUGAUAAAAUAUUGGAGGUGGCAUCAAAAAUAGAAAACUGUUCAAGUUUCAUUACUGCUAAUCAGUUAGUUCAGAAAAGAAGUAAAUUGUUAAAAAUAACAACUGGAAGUACUACACUCGAUCGAACUCUGGGUGGAGGAAUUGAAAGUAUGUCUAUCACAGAACUUUUUGGCGAAAAUCGAUGUGGGAAAACUCAAAUUUGUCAUACAUUAGCAGUUACUGCGCAGCUUCCUAAAGAUGUUAGUGGUGGAAAUGGAAAGGUAUGUUAUAUAGACACCGAAGGCACAUUUAGACCAGAAAAAAUUUGCAAAAUAGCACAAAGGUAUGGUAUUAAUGGAGAGGACGUCUUAGAUAACAUUUUAUAUGCAAGAGCAUUUACCCAUGAGCAUUUGUUUCAGUUACUUGCAAUAUCAGCUGCAAAGAUGUGUGAAGAGCCCUUCGCAUUGUUGGUGGUGGAUUCCAUCAUUUCUCUUUUUCGUGUUGAUUUCAGUGGACGAGGUGAACUUUCUGAACGCCAACAAAAGUUAAACAAAACCAUGUCCAUUUUAUCGAAACUUGGAGAACAGUUUAACAUAGCAAUCGUGAUAACUAACCAAGUGAUGUCUGAUCCAGGAGCAACAAUGACAUUCAUAGCCAACCCGAUGAAACCAGUGGGUGGGCACGUCAUUGGUCAUGCAUCCACCACAAGACUUUCUCUGAGAAAAGGAAAAGGAGACCAAAGGGUUUGCAAAGUUUAUGAUGCCCCAAAUCUGCCCGAAGUGGAGUGCAUUUUUCAACUGUCCGACGGAGGAGUUAUCGACGCAACUGAGUAG